AUGUCUUUCGUUCCAUCUGAAGUCCGAAUCGAUCAUACUUAUUUGAAGUGGGACAAGGAGUGGAUAUUUCAAAGAUUACCUAAAGACGAGGUGAUUAUCUCGAGAGACUUUGAGCCUGAUAUUGAAGCAGAUACUAUUCCGGGAAGCGUUCGUCAGGAGCCAGUUUUGGAUCCAAACUUGACCUGGCGAGAGACUGCAAGAACAAGUACUAAGCGUUCAAAAGGUAUUGUCGUUGUCAAAGACGGUGUUCAUCCUCAACAAACAAUUGAAGAUGACGAAAUAUAUAAACGUUUUUGUGAAAUUCCCCGUUUUCUGCCUAUCAUUCCAUCAGUUCUUGGCAAAAAGGACACCAGUAAUAGCACAACAUAUUCAGCACAGAAAUUGAGCUCGCGUCCAUUUUUCAAAUUAGCAAAUCGAUUCCAAGAGCACUUGAAUAUUUGUGCAAAAUCUGUAACUGCUGAUCAAAGUAAAAUCCCAACAUUGACCAAACAAGUCGAAAAUCGUGUUACGAAGUUGUACAAAACUGUAAAAACGCAAAAACAAAUCUACGAUGAUUUUGUCGAAUCUUUGUUGGGUUUGAGUGACAUUCAUAAUGAAAUUAUUCGUAUUGAGCUUUUACUCAAAGAAAUCGUUCCAAUGGUCGAAACACUUAACGAGCUUCUUGUUCCGGAAGAUCGUCUUCCUCCAUUGAAUCUUGGUAAAGUUCUUGAUCGAUCCGCUGUUCCGAGCAGCGAAAGUUCGCUAGAAAGCACACCAAGACGACGUCCAAACGCUGAAAAUAUAAUAUCACCAAUUGAGGAAAUACAAGUUCGCGAUAUCACUUAG